AUGGAAGAUGUCAAGGACCAGUUGUUUGAUGUUGAGGAUGACGAAGCUGUGGUGGUUUACGCACCUUUAAUACUGAGGACAAUGAUUUCGAGGCCAAGUUGCUUGGAAAAUCUGGUGAGGGGGAUGAGAACUCUCACCCCUUGUGUAAUGGUGGUGAUUGAGGUGGAGGCCAACCACAAUUCACCGUCACUUGUGAACCGAUUCAUCGAUGCGCUGUUUUAUUACAGUGCAAUUUUCGACUGCCUUGAGACUUGCAUGAAGCAGGAGAUGAACAGAGUGCUGAUAGAGGGGCUGUUCCAUGAGGGAAUACGAAACAUUGUGGUGGCGGAGGGGAGUGAAAGGGUUGCAAGAAGCGUGAAGAUGGAGGCGUGGAGAGCCUUUUUUGCAAGGUUUAGAAUGGUGGAAAUCAACUUAAGUAAUGCAGCUUUGUUCCAAGCUAGUUUGGCGGCUAAAAAAUAUGGAAGCCCUCCUUGCACGCUUGAUAGGAAUGGGAAAUGUCUUACUGUUGGGUGGAAGGGUACCCCAAUCCAUUCGCUUUCUGCUUGGAAAUUCAGUUGA